AUGGAUCUCUGCAACCUCACAAAACAUGAGGAGAACGACAAAGACAAGUGUGAGAACCAUCAUGAGAAGUUGAGUGUGUUCUGCUGGACUUGUAAGAAGUGCAUCUGUCACCAGUGCGCUCUAUGGGGAGGCAUGCACGGAGGUCAUACGUUCAAACCCCUGGCCGAGAUCUAUGAGCAGCAUGUGACAAAGGUGAACGAGGAGGUGGCCAAGCUGCGGCGCCGGCUAAUGGAGCUGAUUAGUCUGGUUCAAGAAGUGGAGAAGAAUGUUGAGGCGGUGCGAGGGGCAAAGGAUGAGAGGGUGAGGGAAAUCCGAAAUGCUGUGGAAAUGAUGAUUGCUCGGCUCGAUAAUCAGCUCAAGAACAAACUCAUCACACUCAUGGGACAGAAGACCUCUCUGACACAGGAGACAGAACUGCUGGAGUCUCUGCUGCAGGAAGUGGAACAUCAGCUGCGUUCGUGCAGUAAGAGUGAGCUGAUCUCUAAGAGUCCAGAGAUCCUGCUCAUGUUCCAGCAGGUUCACAGGAAGCCAAUGCAGUCUUUUGUCACCACUCCUGUCCCACCAGACUUCACCAGUGAGCUGGUCCCUGCCUAUGACUCGAGCACUUUUGUUUUGGCAAACUUCAGUACUCUGCGGCAGAGAGCAGACCCCGUCUACAGCCCCCCGCUCCAGAUAUCAGGCCUGUGCUGGAGGUUGAAGGUUUAUCCGGAUGGCAAUGGCGUUGUUCGAGGAAACUAUCUCUCUGUUUUUCUAGAGUUGUCAGCUGGACUCCCAGAGACGUCCAAGUAUGAAUACAGGGUGGAGAUGGUCCAUCAGGCCUCCAGUGACCCCACCAAAAACAUCAUUCGAGAAUUUGCAUCAGACUUUGAGGUGGGCGAGUGCUGGGGGUAUAACAGGUUCUUCAGGUUGGACCUUCUCGCCAGUGAGGGCUACUUGAAUAUGCAGACUGACACUCUUGUGCUCAGGUAUCAAGUGCGAUCACCUACGUUUUUUCAGAAGUGUAGAGAUCAGUAUUGGUACAUAACUCAGCUGGAGUCAGCCCAGUCAAGCUACAUUCAACAGAUCAACAACCUAAAAGAGAGGCUAGCUAUAGAACUGUUCCGUCGGCAGAAGUCGAGGAGUUCCUCUCCAUUUGAUCGGCAUCUCUGCCCCACGACUUCCUCCGGGAGAGACUCCCGUCAAGGAAAGAGCUCCGUACUAGAGGAAGGGAGUCAGGCAGCCUCAGCAGAGACAAAAGAAGAUGAGGAUGAAGAGAAGACCCAGCAUGAUGACUCUAAUGAGUUGUCUGACGGGGAUCUGGAGGUGGACUGUCUAACUGGAGAUGAAGAUGUCAAUCCUCUGGACGGUAGUAGCACCUCUGGGAGCUCCACAGCCACUAGUAACACAGAGGAGAAUGAUAUUGACGAAGAGACCAUGUCUGGUGAGAAUGAUGUGGAGUACAGUGGGAAUCUAGACCUGGAGGAAGGUGAAUUACCCGAUGAUGUUGCCGGGGCAACAGGAGGUUCUGGUGCAGGUGCCCGGGGUUCAAGGCGUGGGGCAGGUGCAAGCUCAGCCAGCCUCCUGGAGAUCGACCCGGUCAUCCUCAUCCAACUACUGGACCUGAAGGACCGCAGCCAUGUGGAGUCACUGUGGGGGAUGCAGCCCCGUCCCCCUACCUCUCUCCUCCAGAGCCAAGCCGCUGCAGUGCCUUCUCGUAAAGAGCGUGAGCGUCGGCCUCAGGCGGUGCGUCGGUCGGCCCCAGACUCAGGGGUCCUGAUCAGACUGAAGGCUCAGAUGGCAGAAGUGCGCAGUAAGAUGUCAGACGUAAAAGGACAGCUGGAAGCACGCAGUGGAGCCGGUCGAAUCUCCUCUCAGGGAGCCUCAAACCACGAUCAGGGCCCCUCCAUGGACUCGGAGAUGGGGCCCAGUCGCAAACCCAGCGAACUGCUCUUCAAAGCGCCUGUCUCAUCACGACACUCUCGAAGUGGAGUGAAGAAGGCUGGUUCUCCUAAGCAGGAGAGCGUGGGAGCUCUGGGUGGACUGUCACUGCGCAGGGCUGUGGAUGCUGGGGAGAAAGAGCUGAGAGGAGCUGGACGAGACUCCCCUACUGAACCUGAGGGACCCUCCUCUUUGAAUGGCUCGCUGAAAGCACGCAGUGUGCAGAGUUCUCCUCCAUCGCUGGGAAGCAGCUCCUCUUCCUCUGAUAAGCCCUUUUGCUCCAAACAUGAGGAACUUCUGUAUGGAGCUUCAGCUUCAGACCUGUUCAGUGUCACAGGCCUCAGUGGAGCAGCUGCUCCUGCCACCAAACAGCGCAGGACUCCAGCCGUGGGGUCUGGCCUGCUGACAGACAGCUCUCUUAACUGUGACCAAGAGGGUGCCGGCGAGAUCCAUCAGUCACUGCUGUCACUGGCUGAACCAUCCUCUUCCUCCUCAUGCCCUGAUGAAGGUCUCCUCAGCCAGAAGCAGCCCCACCAUGUGCUGCCGAGCAUGAGCAGUGACAGCGAGCUGGACUGUGACACGGAGAAUGAGAAUGAGGAUGAAGUGGUGGCUCUGGAGGCUGGAGACUGUGCGUUUGACACCAGAUCUCUACCCUGCCCAGGCGAGCAGCUGAUCUCUGAUGAUCUGAGCUUUGUGACUGGAGAGACCACAGAGAGAUGAUCCGCCACAGUGUUACAAGUCACACGAACCUUCCUGUGUCGUCAGCCACUGAAUGUGCUCUUUACAUGUCUGUGCACUUUAUGUUCAGAACAGGACUAUAUGUUUCUGUG